UGCUCUGCAUUAUUAAUUUAUUAUUUCUUAAGUUAGGAUGGAAUCUGUGGUAGCAAAGACAAUCGAUGAACAACGAAGUCCAGUCCAAUCUCCCAGCCUUACAUUGUUCAUAUCUUAUCCUCUAGCUCGGCCCCGACCUGCUGGCGACCACUGAAGCCAAGAAACCCAUCCAAGCCAUGGCCACCGCCGCUGCUGGCGGCCGUCGGCGGCGCGUGCUGUUCUUCCCGCUCCCGUACCAGGGCCACAUAAACCCCAUGUUCCAGCUCGCCGGCCUCCUCCACGCGCGCGGGUUCGCCGUCACCAUCUUCCACACCCACUUCAACGCCCCCGACGCGUCCGCCCAUCGGGACUACGACUUCGUCCCCGUCCCCGACGGCAUGCCGGAGGGCGGCCACCCGCUGCAGGACAUCGCCAAGCGCAUCCUCGACAUGAACCGCGCCUGCGAGGCGCCGUUCCGGGAGCGCCUCGCCGCCCUGCUGGAGCGGCGGGAGGGCGACGACGUCGCGUGCCUCGUCGCCGACGCGCACCUGCUGGCGAUGGUGGACGUGGCGCGGGGCCUCGGCGUGCCCACGCUGGUGCUGCGCACCGCCAGCGCCGCGUGCUUCCGCUGCUUCCUGGCGUACCCCAUGCUUCAUGAAAAGGGUUAUCUGCCUCCGCAAGAGUCAGAUCUAGACAUGCCAGUGAAGGAGUUGCCACCACUGCGGGUAAAGGACCUCUACUACUCAAGAAGGGUUGACAAUGAACUGGUGACCAAAUUGCUCACUCGAGCCACGCAAGCAGUAAAGAAUUCAUCCGGUUUAGUUAUCAACACAUCUGAUGCUCUGGAGAAAACCGAGCUCGAGAGGAUCCGUGAUGAGCUCAACAUCCCUAUGGUUCUCCCUGUAGGCCCUCUCCACAAGCUUUCUUCCAAGAGCGUAGGGAGCAGCUUACUGAACCAAGACUAUGGUUGCAUCGAGUGGCUGGAAACGCGACCUUCGAAAUCGGUGUUGUAUGUCAGCUUUGGGAGUUUGGCAUCAGUGGGCUCCAAGGAGUUCUUGGAGGUGGCUUGGGGUUUGGCAAACAGUGGCGUUCCUUUCCUAUGGGUGGUUCGGCCAGAUAUAUUGCAAGAUUUGGAUGAUCCCAAUUUCCCAAACGGCUUUGAGGCCGCAGUUCAGGACAGGGGCAAGCUGAUUCAGUGGGCCCCACAAGAGGAGGUGUUGGCGCACCGUGCUGUGGGUGGGUUUUGGACCCACAAUGGAUGGAACUCGACAUUGGAGAGUAUUUGUGAGGGUGUUCCGAUGAUGUGUAGGCCUCAAUUCGCAGAUCAGCCGAUGAACACGAGGUAUGUGGAGCAAACAUGGGGUGUAGGGUUUGAGCUUGAAGGCGUGCUAGAAAGAGGAAAAAUUGAGAAGGCCGUAAGGAAGCUAAUGAAGGAUAGAGAAGGUGAUGAGAUGAGGGAAAGAGCUAAGGAACUAAAGAACAAAGUGGAGGACUGCUUGAAAAUUGGUGGGUCUUCUCAGAUUGCCAUUGACAAGUUGGUGAACUACUUACUUGCUACGUGAACCCUUUUUUUCGAGAAACAUUGUGAACUUACUACAAUUUAUUAGGCAACCUUGUAACUGAAGGGUGUAAGUUUUGUUCUUAGCCGUAUUAUAUUUAAAUUCCACAUAGAACAAUGAAACCUCA